GCUCUGCCCGCCCCGGGCGCUGAGGGCCGAGAGGAGCCGCGUCCCGGCCGCGCCGUGCCCGCUCCCCGUCCCGCUCCCGCUCCAUGGAAGCGGCCAACGGGGCCGUGCCCGAGGGCGCGGCGGGGGAGCCCCGCGGCAGCGCGGCCGCCCCGUCGGGCAGGAAGGAGGUGAAGGUGGUGAUCGUGGGGGACGGGGGCUGCGGGAAGACAUCGCUGCUCAUGGUGUACGCCAAGGGCUCCUUCCCCGAGCAAUACGCGCCCUCCGUCUUCGAGAAGUACACGACGAGCGUGACGGUGGGGAAGAAGGAGGUGACUCUGAACCUGUACGACACCGCAGGGCAGGAGGACUACGAUCGGCUGCGACCUCUUUCUUACCAGAACACAAAUGUCGUGUUAAUUUGUUACGAUGUCAUGAACCCCACUAGCUAUGACAAUGUAGCAGCCAAGUGGUACCCUGAAGUGAAUCACUUCUGCCGAGGGGUCCCGCUCGUGCUCAUCGGCUGCAAGACGGACCUUCGGAAGGACAAGGAGCAGCUGCGCAAGCUCAGGGCUUCCAAGCAGGAACCCAUCACUUACAGCCAGGGAGAGGCAGCUUGUCAGGAGAUUCACGCAGAGGUUUAUCUGGAAUGCUCAGCAAAAUGCCGGGAAAACAUAGAAAAUGUUUUUAAAGAAGCAACAACCAUUGCACUGAAUGCCAUGAAGAAAGCCAAGCGCCACAGGAAAAGGAAAGUGUGCUCAGUGUUAUGAUCUGGACUGCACAAGAGCCAAGUGAUUCAGAUUUUAUAAAUAGUUUAACCUUAAAGACCUUUUUUUUUCAUUACAUGUUUGUACUCCUAGAACAGUUUUUAUUUUAAAAUUUUAAUUAUUUUUAGUAUUUUUGCACUUUUGUUACGUUGUUCUCAAAGUUUUCAAAGCUCUUUGUCACAGUUAACUGAUGCUGUGUGCCUUUGCCCAUCUGGCUUUUGCUUCUAACUGCAAACAACUCACUAUUUAAAUUGCAAUGAACAGCAACCACUACUGUAUGACUUAGUGGCUUUUUUAUUUCUCUGCAAAAUAAUUGUGGCAUGUUAUAGCUACAAUUUGCUGUCUUUUUCAAGCAGAAAAGCUGAAAACCCACAUAUUUUAGAAGUAGUGAUAUUUAAAGCAGUUUAUCAGGCACCUUUGAAGAGACAGAAAUUAAGUUUUGUCUUAACUAUAACUGUACAUUGUACAGAUUUUGUGUAACUUUAUCCUCUGCUUGUUACAUGAGCAGCUGGUGAAAAAUUCUCUUUUGGAGCAAGUUAUCAUUUUUGUUUUACAUGCAGAGUAAAGAGAUCUUGAUCCUUGAAAAA